AAUUAUCAAGAAAAUACUAUCAACCUCAGUUAUUUCCAAUAUUGCCUCAUCCUAGCCUACACUAAACGGUACUUUUAUGUAGUAGUUCGAGGUCGAACUCUUGCUGAUGCCGAUUUUUGUUUAGACCGAUAUCGUUCAAACCGAUUAAUGUUUCAUAUCCACAGGGUGUUUCCUACAGUCAGAUCCUACUCCAUAUCAGAAAGAAUCCCAUCACAAAUGUCAAGACAGAAAUUAAAAUAUAUGGAGAUGGGCCUGUUUCUAUUUAUAACCCCCACUUAAUUGACUAAAAUGGGUUUUGGAAAUUUAUUUCUAAUUAUUAUUUUUUCAAGUUUUUAUUCUUAUUGUUGGUUGCUGGGCCAGUUUUAACCGAAAUACACAAUGUUCGAUGGUCUGAAAAUUAUUGGUCAUCAAGUUGGAAUACCAAGAACGAUUCUGUUGAUGGUUCAUUUUUAGUGGGUCAAAUAGUUUUGGCUGUGUUGGGUUUUAUUGCUAUGUUUGUCCAUUUUUUUGCCAAAGAUUUGUUUAAAGCUGCAUUUUACUCAUUAAUGGAUAUGUGCUUCUUUAUAUUCUCCGUUCCAAUACUUGUCAUCGCCACCAUUGUGUUUUCAUCCAGAUCCAUAUCAUUAUAUCGCUGGUUGCGCCCUAAGCUUGCAACUUUCAAUUACACUUUUGAAGCUUAUGUUGAUAUUACUGAAAGUGUGCCAUACCCCCGCUACCCGUGGAACUAUAAUUCAAUGGAUGAAUAUUUUGCUUUGGAAAGGGAUGAUACUCAGAAGAAGGAGUAUGAUUUGGAUAUGCUUGAAAGGCGUAAGAAGGACAUUUUUAUAAAUGUUUUGAUCAAUCCGACUUUUACGGUAUUAACGGCAGUCACUCUCAUUCUCAAUAUUUAUUUGAUUUUUUGUCUUUACAAAAAAAUGCGUAAUGCAAAAUUAUGGAAUGAUGGCGUAAAGGACUACUUGGCAUUAUUUCCAAAUUGUUCUUCAAUUGAAAUGAAAUAUGCUCAUCUUGGAAAAAUAAAAAUGCUUCAAUGGAUCUUGCCAUUAACUCCCCUGUUGGCAUAUAUCUACUUGCCAGGAUUUAGAGAUUUUGGCCGUACUUCUGUUAGAUAUUUUUGGGCUCCGACAAUUAUUUACUUGAUUAAUUGGCUUUUGUAUUAUACAACUUUACAUCUUCGAUAUCCAAAAGGACAAGCUGACAAAGCAAUCAAACUGUCAUACUUUUUCUUUACCCAAAUAUACUUUAUAAUGCUUACAUUAAUAAUUUUCUAUGGUUGUUACUCUUUAACGUUGUGUUUUUUAUAUUUACGGACCAAUAAAGGAUCAUUUAAUAUCAAAUUACCAAUUUCAAUCAAAAUUAAUUUUGAAAUUAAAUUGAAAAAAGAAGAGGAACUGAACAAAGUUAACAUAGAGGAAACGGAAGAAGAUGUUAAAAAGAAAGAAAAUGGAGGGAAUAAUGAGGAAUAA